AUGGGUGGACAAGUAUCUAAGAUGAUGGGCAAGAUCUUCGGAACCAAGGAGAUGCGUAUCCUCAUGUUGGGUUUGGAUGCUGCUGGAAAGACGACAAUUCUCUACAAACUUAAACUCAGCAACCAGGACGUGACUACCAUUCCUACCGUCGGAUUCAACGUCGAGAGUGUGACCUACAAGAAUGUCAAGUUCAAUGUCUGGGAUGUCGGUGGUCAGGACAAGAUCCGACCACUUUGGAGACACUAUUACUCUGGUACACAAGGAUUGAUCUUCGUGGUUGACUCCAGCGACACGGCGCGUGUGGAGGAGGCUCGCUCAGAACUACACAAGAUCAUCAACGAUCGUGAAAUGAAGGAUGCUCUGCUUCUGGUGUUCGCCAACAAGCAAGAUAUUCCUGGCCACUUGAGCCCUGAGGAAGUGACUCAGCAGCUUCAAUUGACUAAGCUCAAGGACAAGCUGUGGUACGUUGCGCCUAGUGUUGCAACAGAUGGAACCGGUAUUUUCGAGGGUCUUGCCUGGCUCUCAAACAAUGUCAAGACCCAGCCCCAGAAAUAA